UCCUCUCUCUCUCUCUCCUCUCUCUCUCUCUAGAAAAACACGUUCUUUGUGAACUCUUAUGUUGUUGAUGUUUGCUGAGAUUGUUGGAUCUGUUUUGGGGAUUUUCAGGGUGUGUUUUGGAGACCCAUUUGCAUGCAGAGGAUAGGAAGUGGUUAAAUUAUUUGUUAAUUAUCAAAAAGAUUAGAACUUUUUCACGGUUUUGAUUUAAAGUUGAUUUUUUUUUUUGGAAAUUGGAUUUGUGGGUCAGUCACGAACUCAAAUUUGCUUCAACCUUUUGAAUUUCGGGUUAAUUGUUUAUUAAUUAAUUAAUUAAUUUUUUCUGAAUAAAUUUAGAGAUGAAGGUAUUCAAGUUGGAGACUCUGAGUUCAGAUUUCUUCAAAUUCAGUAGACCCAAUUCUUUGAAGAAGAAGAUAACUUCUUUCACUGCAAGGACUUUAGACCUCUGAUCUUCUGCCCUUCACGCAAUCUACAUCUUCACCGUCAAUCUCACUUGGGUGAGAUUGUUUUUUCGGAUUUAUGGCGUCGAUUUCGGAGAAAUCACUGCCUUUGUCACCUUCCUCGUCUUCCUCAUCACUGUCAUCGAUGUCGGUCCACGAAUUUGAUCCGUUGCUAAAAGAUUUGGAUGAGAGGAAGCAGAGUUUUCGCCGGAAUGUGGUGUCGUUGGCAUCGGAGUUAAAGGAUGUCCGGAGUCGGUUAGCUUCUCAUGAGCGAUCAUUUGUUAAAGAAACCCUCACAAGACAGGAAGCAGAGACAAGGGCUAAAAACUUGGAAGAGGAGAUUAGCGUAAUGCAGAAGAGAUUGCAACAGAGAAAUCAGCAGCUUGAGGCCUCAGCAUCUACGGCCGAGAAGUACCUUACGGAAGUGGAUGGUCUGAGAUUGCAGCUUUCAGCCACUCAAGCAACUGCCGAUAUUAGUGCUGCAUCAGCUCAAUCGGCACAGCUUCAGUGUUUAGCGCUUUUGAAGGAAAUAGAUGAAAAGAACUGCUCAUUAAAAGAGCAAGAUGAUCGUGUAAUUAGACUAGGAGAGCAAUUAGAUAAUCUGCAGAAGGAUCUUAAGGCAAGAGAGUUUUCCCAGAAGCAACUGAAAGAUGAAGUUUUGAGAGUUGAGAAUGACAUUAUGCAAGCUGUUGCGAAAGCAGGGGUGAACAAGGAUUGCGAGCUGAGGAAAAUAUUAGAUGAGGUUUCUCCGAAGAAUAUUGAAAAGAUUAAUAAGCUUUUAGUUGUUAAGGAUGAAGAAAUAGCAAAACUGAAAGAUGAAAUCAGGGUAAUGUCAGCUCAUUGGAAGCUCAAAACUAAGGAGUUUGAAUCACAGUUGGAGAAACAACGGCGAGUUGAUCAGGAACUGAAAAAGAGGGUAUUGAAAUUAGAGUUUUGUCUCCAGGAAGCUCGUGCUCAAACACGAAAGCUUCAAAGGAUGGGUGAACGAAGAGACAAGGCUCUGAAAGAGCUCAGAGAUCAGUUACAACGGGGUGGCGGUGGAGCUGCAGCUGCUGAAAGACACAAUUUUUGGGAAACCUCCGGUUUCAAAAUCAUGAUGUCUAUGUCCAUGUUAGUCUUGGUGGCGUUCGCGAAUAGAUAAAUAGUUGCAGUAUCAAGUCCUGCUGUUAUGUAUAAAGAACAUGAACGAAACUUUAGUUUUAGUCAAGGAAUUAGGAAUAGCUGCAUAGGCCACAGUUGUAGAGGUUAUCGUUAUGUAGCAUAGCAGAGAAUGCAAUUUUGUUGUUCUCGUUAAAACCACAUUACUUUAUGAAUAUCGAAUUUGAAUCUAUGUAUGACAUUGUGGCUACCAUACCUGCCGGUGUUGUAUUGGAUUUGUUGUA